AUGCCUGGAAAGAUCAGUGAUUGGACUGACUACUCCUUGACGGAGGAGCAGAAGCAGCAUUGGAUGGAACAUGGAUUCAUCAAGGUUGAGAACUGUUUUAGCCAAGAACUCGCAGAGAAGUGGACGAGUUCCAUUUGGACGAGACUCGGCGCAUCUCCGGACGACAAGUCGACGUGGCCAACAGAGAAGUUGAAUAUGCCCGGCCACACGGUCAUAUCGGUCAAGGAGCAUGCGCCCAAAGCAUACGCAGCAAUGUGUGAGUUGGUUGGCGGAGAGGAUCGAGUCGCUGACUGGUGCAAGUUCUGGAAAGAUGGUUUCAUUCCCAACCUGGGCAAACCCGAAUACAAAGAAACUGAUCCUCUGGACAUGAGAUCACUGGACAACUGGCACUGCGACGGAGACUGGUUCACUCACUUCCUCGACUCCCCGGAGCAAGCCCUUUUGGUGAUUCCCCUGCUCACCGAGAUUAAGCCCAAAGGCGGAGGCACCGUCAUCUGCACGGACGGGAUCAAGUUGGUGGCGGAAAAAUUGUAUUCGCUGCCACAAGGGGCCACACCGUACCUGGCGCCUCGAGGCACGCCUGAAAUCCCCAAAUCCAACCCAUUGCGUCGCCAGCUCUGGAACUCCUGGGUACAGGAUCCUAGCCUCUGCCGUGACGAGUCGUUCCACGAAGCCACAGGUCAAGUGGGCGACGUUUAUUUCUUACAUCCGUUUAUGCUGCACUCGGCGUCGAAGAAUUUACUUCGAAGCGUCCGAAUCAUCACAAACCCCCCUGUGGCCUUGAAAGAGCCAUUCAACUAUAACCGUCCAGACGGAGACUACAGCCUUGUCGAAGCCAAAACAUUGAAGGAGCUUGGUCGGCCAGAAGGACUGCCGGAGUGGAAGAUCACGGGACCCAGAGAGCUGCUCCCCAGUGCCGGCGGCAGGAUAAAGAUGCAAGAGGAAAUGAAGAGACAAGAGUUGGAGCGCUUGAAGAAGGCCGGGAUGCCUAUUCACACGCUAGAGGGGACCAAUGAGUAUGGUCUUGAGUAUUAUCCGUCUUAA